AUGAAAAGUCCUAAGCUUGGAGACAGAUACGCACCCGGUGAUGAAAUGCUUGUCCAGUGGGAACUUAUUGGCAAACAAUGUCGAACGAAUGUUAAUAAUGUGACUGAAGUGCCGUUACAUAAACUCGAUGCUUUUUUGUUUGCUAAUUUGACUAUUACUAAGAAAACUACAAAUACGAAUUCCUCAUUGGGAAAUAACUCGAAUACCAGUAAUAAUUUGGACACGAAUAAUAAUUGGCAAUGGGAUUAUCGAUCCACGCUCUAUCAUAACACAAGCACAAACAUCACUUCAUUCAAAUACCCAAUACAAAUAAUACUCUCGCCAAACAUUAGGAAUUCGUCCUUGUUCUUCGUUGAUAUUGAACUCGGAUUUCCAUCUGAAAAAACAUCAUCGAUAAAAACAAUCUGGGAUUAUGUUGGGCCAUUCACAAUAGUACCAAUCCCGGCACCUUCUGAGCAGGAAGAUAAUAAUAACACUAUUGCUGAUGUAUUAGCAAAUGAUUCUGCUGGUGGUAGUGUUUCUAAUAAAGCUCAGAAAAAUGGCGGGGUAGCGAAUGGAAAUAAUGGCAAUAAGGAAGAGCAAGAUCAUAAAGGACAGAGUAUGCCAAGUACAGCAGCAGGCGCUUUUUUCGAUGAUAAUAUGCUA